CAGAAUGUUAAUCGUUUUUUUUUUAGUAUAGCAGAAAUAUCCUGAACGCAAGUUUAAAAGACACACACACAAACAAACCAGUCCUGUUUCACCGGUGAAGAUUCUGGUUUUGUCCCCUUUAGCGGAGCGCUGUAUGUUUCUGGAGGCUGACGCGGGGCGCUGGCAGUCGACGGCCGCUGCUCGCCGUGUGUUUUCAAAGGAGAGCAGCUUUUUGAAGUGGAAAAGCGAGAGGCAGUGAAAGUGAAAGGGGGAAUCCCUGUGAAAAAAAAAAAAAAACAGCAAGCAGCCACCACAGACAACAGAGAGAGAGGAGGAGGAGGAGGCCUGCUCCAGCUAGGUGUCGCUUCAAGCAGCAGAGAAGACCCAGCCAUGGCUAACAUUGCGGUGCAGAGGAUCAAGCGGGAGUUCAAAGAAGUUCUCAAAAGCGAAGAGACGAGUAAAAACCAGAUAAAAGUAGAUUUGGUGGAUGAGAACUUCACAGAGCUGAGGGGAGAGAUAGCAGGUCCACCCGAUACACCAUAUGAAGGUGGAAGGUAUCAACUUGAAAUAAAAAUCCCAGAAACGUACCCUUUUAACCCACCAAAGGUGCGAUUCAUCACUAAGAUCUGGCAUCCUAACAUCAGUUCUGUGACAGGAGCGAUAUGUCUGGACAUUUUAAAAGACCAGUGGGCAGCUGCUAUGACCCUGCGGACGGUGCUGUUGUCUCUACAGGCUCUCCUCGCUGCAGCAGAACCAGACGACCCACAGGACGCAGUAGUAGCCAACCAGUAUAAGCAGAACCCAGAAAUGUUCAAACAGACAGCAAGGCUGUGGUCUCACGUCUACGCAGGCGCUCCUGUCUCCAGUCCCGACUACACAUGGAAAAUAGACAAACUCUGUGCCAUGGGCUUCGAUAAGAAUGCAGUAAUAGCGGCCUUGUCUUCAAAAUCCUGGGAUGUAGAAACGGCGACAGAACUGCUCCUUAGCAACUGAGAUCCAUCCAGGCUCGAGGAUCCCCAAACUCCCGUCAUCAUAGCAUCAACUCCUCCCCAGUACCAUUCCACCAUUGCCCUCUGUUACUCUGAACCCCCACUUUACCACAGCAGUCUGAGCCUUCUCGUGGGAGGAUUCUCACUUGUUUGUAUGCUCUAAACCCGACACCACCAUCGCCAAUAUGCAUACCACCUUGCUGCCUACUGUCUCUCUCCAUCUGUUCCUCUGUUCAUGAUGCUGCCCUUUUUUCUUUGACUUAUCUUUGCCUCAUACUCUCAGCUGCCACUAAUUACAAAUGUGCCCUUUUACUAUGCCCCAGAAACAAAUGAUUUCCAUCAUGCCUUUUGUGACCCAUCCCCUCCAUCAUUUGGGCUUUUAGCCUUUUUUUCCCUUUGCGUUUAUUUAAACAAAUCCAUGUGUUUCCUGGAAUUGCAAGGAGUCAAAUGUCUGCCACUAGCUGGUAGAGUUAAAAUUUGUAAAAUCAGGGUGAAAUGUAAAGGAAGUCCCACAUACUGCUCUUGCAGUACAUCUGUGUGUAUUCUUUCAGCUAAUGGUUUGUUGUUCAGUUGGACUUGGUAUGGUAUGGACAUUUAAUGCUGUUAAGGUCCUGCUGGAUCAGAAUUGGUUAAAUGAAGAGUGUUUUACUGCAUGAGCAGUAGUGGAUUUCUCCUAAAAUUUUUAUAGAUGCGUCACUCUAACACACACUUGCAAGGGUGUGGAUGUGAGUCUUUUUUUCUAUCUAAUCAGUAGAAUUAGACAAGAACAUACAUUCUCAUACACCUGCACUCAACACAUGCACACAAGAAGAAAGUUAUCUGUAAAUAGAUAUGUGUAAAUUUGAAAAUAAAUGGGGAUAUACUUUUUUUCUUACAUGGCAUUGUAAAACAAAUUAUUUUAAAUAUGAACUAUGCCUAGUUUACAAUUAUAUGGAGAGAUAUCUUUUUAUUAUUUUGUGAUCCAUGAGAUUUCACCCCUGAAUGUCCUUUUUUCUCCUCCCUCCUUAGGAUUGUGAUUUAGGGGUGGUGUAGCAAAUAAUCUGGUCCUAAAUGGCACGGCAGGGGACAACCAGCUCAGGCCCCUGGAAUAUCUCAGUCCUUAACCCCCCCACCCCCUUUUUUCUCUUUUCUGGUGUCUUUUAUUUCUUCUUGCACGUUUUAUGCUGCCUUUAAUUUAGUUUGGCCAAAUGAUGUGGUGAUGGGGUGUCUUUUCAGUUUAGCAUCCCUUUAGUCUGGCAAAAAGGCAGAGGCAGAAAGACUUCUGCUUCUGUGGAAAGAGCCACCUUGAGCCGCUACUCAGCCAGCCACUAAGCAUGUCCAGUUGGUCAUGAUAUCCUUAGGGAACCAAAGGCUUUGCUGUUUAUUUAACUCAAGUAUAUUGCUGGGAAAUCUCAUUCUACUCUGAAGAGAUUCGCCAGGCACCAAGAAUAAAGCUGGAAAAAAAAAAGACUGAUUGUGAAUGUUGUUGAGGAUAUGAGCGAGCAAUGCUGUGAUUUUUUUUUUUUUUUUUUUUUUUGUUAUCCUCUAACCUCAAAGCAAUUGGUUUUGACCAUAGGCACGUUAUUCUCAGCCACAGAAGAAGGUUCAACUCAGCCAUAAUUGGGCCUAAAGUAAAUCAUUAGGAGGGCAAGCAAUUACUGAUCAGUGUCUGGGGAACCUCACUCUUUUCUGCCUUGGUUCAUCCACACAAUCUAACAGGAGGCAAUCAAAACCUUGACCGUAUACAGGUGUAUAGGUGAUAGCCUGUAUAUCCCAGCUACCUUUUCGUACACAGCGUCGAUGAAAUGACAAACAGUUAUGAUGGUUGUCAUUGAAUCAUAUCUUAUGAAUGGUUACAGAGGCUGGAAUUCCUCUGUUCUCUUUAAUAGCAACCAGAUAGCAGGCCUGCACAGUGUUUCUUAGACUUUUAAUUUGAGGUACAUGGACUGUAAAGAUAUGCUUAGCAUACAGAGAAGUGGGGUAUCCAUGCAUCCUCCUCACACAUUGCCUUUUUCAAACUGUCAUCUCUCUGCUUGCCCUUCAGCCCUAUCCCCCCUGGCAAUCCUGCAGCAUACAGUACAAUGUGUUGUGGUGCAGGGGCUGGAAGAUGGCCAUCUUUUCCCCCAGUGACAGUGAGCCGUUUUCAACCAGAGCCAAAUUAAAUGUUCGCAUAGUCAGAGGUAGAAUGCUGACACCAUCUCCUUCACUUGUAAAUAGUCAGGUUCUUAAUGAAGAGCCAUAUCGUUAUCACAAGAGUGCACCAUUGAUGGCUGGAUCUAUAUUUUGUAAGAAAAAGAAUGGACAAAAAAAAGGAAAGAGGCUCCCUUCUCCCUGUCUUCCUGAUGGUCUCACCAUGUACAAUAUUGCACGAUGACAAAGCAUAAAAAAGGGGUUGUUGCAUCUCGGUUUCUGUUUGGAUUGAGACUUAUUUUCCUCUCUUUUGUUUCUCUCUGGAAGCAAGCAUCAGCAGUACAAAGCAUGGUUAUUUAUUGUGACAGUGUCAUGUUUCUUUGAUUAAAAAAAAAAAAAAAAACCUGGAAAA